UCUACAAGCCUGCAAGUAAAUUAGCUUCUCCAGGUCGGAAAGACGCAGAGAAAUCGACAGUGACGACGAGUGAUACUGGAAAUUUGAAAUCAUGACAAAUUAGAAACUGUAACGCCAUUUUCGCCAAAAAUCUGAUCUCCUUCGCAAAACCCUACGCCAUUUUUGCAGUGCAGAGGUAGGAGAGGUAAACCAUGGGAGGUCCGGCGACGAAGAGGGCGAUAUCACAGGAAGCAUUCGACGAAGUAGUGAAAGAAAACAUGGAAGAUUUUGACAUGGAAGCUGCCGAAGCUCUUCAAGACGCCAUUGAUUCUCUCACUCUUCAAGGCGUCGAUCUCUCUGGUAUAAUCACCUGCGUGCCGGGGGAGAGUUUGGUGCAGGAUAAUCCAGUGUUGAAAUCGAUUGAAGAUUUAAAGAAACAUUUUGGUGAUUUGGAGUUUGAGGAUGAGAGAGAAUUGAAAAAGUUGUCGCCAUUGUUGCUUAACCUCACUAAUCUUUGUGAUCCUAAUAGAAAUAAUACUGAAUCUGAUACUGAUAAAUCCUCUGUCGAUACGAAUGCAAAUGCGGCGAUAGCUGCUAGGAAUGGGGGAGUGGAAUUGGUGACAUCUAUUUGUGGGAAAGUUGCUAGUUGUGGGAAUGAGGAGGUUAUUGUUUCAGCUCUCCAGGCACUAACUUCAUUGCUUCGUGAUGUUCAGACUGCUCAAACCUUUCAGAAGUGUGGCGGCCCGGAUAUUGUCAUAGGAAUCUUGCAGCAGGGAACUCAAAAUUCUGAGCUGUUGAAUGCCUGCUAUUCUGUGAUUGCUGCCGCGGCAACUGGGAAUGAAAUUCUUAAGGAAGCAUUCGUGAGUUUGAAAGUUGAUCAACUCCUGAUCAGUACAUUAAAGGGGCAAAACAAAGGCAGCAUUCCUAGUCUGUAUGAUGCUAUACGCAUUUUACUGACUCCUGAUGAUUUCCGUGUUGCUGCUUCUCAAGUUUAUGGCUAUGCUCGGCAGUUUGCAAAAGUUGGAAUUCCUGAAGCUCUUGUUGACACGCUCCAUGAGGGCCUUAUUUCACCCUCUCUAGUUUCAGCAUGUGUAGCCCUGAAGGCUGUUUCUGUGAAUGAUGAAAUUUGCAGAAGUAUAGCUGAUAAGGGUGGCAUUGAUGCUGUUCUCCGAUGCAUUGAUGAUAGUGGAGAACAAUUGAACAAGACUGUAGCCCAAUCCUGCUGCUCUUUAUUGACAAAGCUGGCAGGAAGUGAUUACAAUAAGAGUGCAAUAGUAGAGAAAGGAGGUAUGGAUAGAUUGAUCAGGCUCUGUGCCAGAUUUGCGGAUGAGCCAUCUGUAAUACAAGAGGUUAUGUAUAUAAUUAGUGUAAUCUCCCUGAGAUUACCUGAUCAUGCAUCUCGUGCUAUAGAAGCUGGAGCAGGAGAUCUGGCUAUCCAAACCAUGCAAAACUUUCCUGCAGCACAGCUGUUGCAGAGAAAUGCAUGUAUAAUGAUACGGAAUCUUGUGGUUAGAAACCCUGAAAAUAGAAAAAUUUUGCUUGACAAUGGCAUUGAGAAAAUCAUCAGAAAGGCCAAAGAAAGGCAUCAGAAUUGCAAGGCUGCUGCAACAGAUGCUCUACGAGAUUUGGGGCUUGAUAACUAUAACUUAUAGUUCUUGCUGACGCUGCUGUACAAGAAAAUCUACCACUGGGGUACAACUUACAAAGAAAUGUCUCUUGCCUCCAUAAGAAGUAAUUUUCUUCGCUUGACUUAGAUCAGACUUGCUGUUAUUGUCAAUGCAUGUUUGUGUGGUAUCAUGAGGAAUCUAGCAAGAGAUUGAUGAGCAUGUGGUUGCACACCGGAAUGGUCUCAAUUUUUUUGAUGAUUAAACAUUUAAACACUAGCUUUAAUACCUGGCAUGCUCAUGAAUAGAGAAACAGAAAUCAAGAGUAUAUUCUUCUCUUUGGUUCUUUUGCGCUGCUGCGAGUAGAUUGCAUGUCGUAUUGCAAGAAUAUGCUAUAUAUUGGAAUUCACCUAUUUGAAAGAAUCACCAUGCGCCUUCUGUACAAA